CGCGCAUGCGCAGUAUGCAGUAGCGCAGAACAGCAGUCGUUGGUCAUUGAAGGAGGUGAGACUUAUAUCAGUUAAAGAUGACAACCUCUUGGAGUGAUCGGCUGCAGAAUUAUGCAGACCUUCCUGCCAACAUGGAUGGUUUAUCCAUGAAGAAAUACAGAAGAGAGGUGCAUCACAGCUUACCACAGGAACUGGCCCACUGUCAUCCUUCUAUGAGAGUUUUUGUCAAUAGAAGUUUGGCAAUGGAGAAGAUAAAAUGCUUUGGCUUUGAUAUGGACUACACUCUAGCAGUGUAUAAGUCUCCGGAGUAUGAAUCUCUUGGCUUCGAUCUGACUGUGGAAAGACUGGUUUCCAUUGGUUACCCACAAGAGCUGCUAAACUUUGUCUAUGACCCUGCUUUUCCCACAAGAGGCUUGGUGUUUGAUACAAUGUAUGGAAACCUGCUGAAAGUAGAUGGGUAUGGAAACAUCCUUGUGUGCGCUCAUGGUUUUAGCUUCCUGCGUGGUCCAGAAAUAAGAGAGCUGUACCCAAACAAGUUCAUUCAGCGUGGAGAUACUGAGCGAUUCUACAUCCUCAACACACUUUUCAACCUCCCAGAGACAUAUCUCUUUGCCUGCCUGGUUGACUUCUUCACUAGUUGCCCCAGAUAUAGAAGUUGUGAGAGUGGCUUUAAAGAUGGAGAUCUUUUCAUGUCUUUCAAGAGCAUGUUUCAGGAUGUCAGAGAUGCUGUGGAUUGGGUCCAUUUCAAGGGCUCACUAAAAGAGAAAACGGUUGAAAACCUGGAGAAAUAUGUGGUGAAGGAUGCCAAACUACCAUUGCUGCUAAGCCGAAUGAAUGAAGUUGCCAAAGUGUUCCUUGUUACCAACAGUGACUGCAAAUACACAGAUAAAAUUAUGACAUACUUGUUUGAUUUUCCACAUGGUCCAAAAGCUGGUACGCCUCAUCGGCCCUGGCAGUCCUACUUUGACCUUAUUCUGGUGGACGCCAGGAAGCCAGUGUUCUUCGGAGAGGGCACAGUCCUGAGACAGGUGGACAUGACCUCUGGGAGACUAAAGAUUGGAACAUAUACAGGUCCCUUGCAGCAUGGCAUAGUGUAUUCCGGUGGUUCCUCAGACAUAGUUUGUGACCUGCUGGGAGCGAAAGGAAAGGACAUCUUGUACAUCGGUGACCACAUCUUUGGAGACAUCCUGAAGUCUAAGAAGCGUCAGGGCUGGAGAACGUUCCUGGUGAUUCCUGAGCUGGCUCAGGAGCUGCAUGUGUGGACCGACAAGAGCACACUGUUUGAGGAACUACAGGGUCUGGACGUGUUCCUAUCAGAGCUCUACAAGCAUUUGGACAGCAGCAGCAAUGAGAGACCUGAUAUCAGUUCUAUUCAGAGGAGGAUUAAGAAAGUGACCCAUGACAUGGACAUGUGCUAUGGGAUGAUGGGAAGUCUGUUCCGCAGCGGUUCUCGUCAGACUCUCUUUGCCUCUCAAGUGAUGCGCUAUGCUGACCUAUACGCUGCAUCCUUCAUCAAUCUCCUGUACUAUCCUUUCAGCUACAUGUUCAGAGCCGCCCAUGUCCAGAUGCCUCACGAGUCCACGGUGGAGCACACUCACGUGGACAUCCAUGACAUGGAGUCGCCCAUGGCCACACGCAACCGCCACUCCAUCGACUUCAGAGACCACGAGUGCAAGAGACACCAGCUGACCCGCUCCAUAAGUGAGAUCAAUCCGCCACACCUCUUCCCCCAGACGCCACAAGAGAUCACGCACUGCCACGAUGAGGAUGACGAUGAGGAGGAGGAGGAGGAAGAAUAAACCUGUGGCAUUGCUGCUAACUGUUUUGGGUUUUUAGAGAUGUGUGUCUGCUGUUUAAAUAAGUAUAAUCCUUGCCUUCACACUCAGCCAUAUAUUUUAUAGAGAUAAAAGAGAGGAUGUUUAUUUGUUGCAAAGUGUAUAACGUAUUUUAGGAGUAAUGGUCUGAUGAGAGUAUGAAGCUACAACUGGGUUUUGAUAGUUCUAGUUUCUUAUUUUUGAAUGGUGUUUACAUGGAAGUGUCAACGGAGAAAAGAUCCCCGUUUAAACUGAAUUACAGAAUCCGUUAUUUGCAUGACAUUGAGGGAACAAAUGAGUUACAAGGUACGACACCGACUUAAGCUUGAAGAAAAUGCAUGAAUACUUAUUCUGUGUCUCCAAAAAGCCUUCAAAAUUUAGAUAAGAGCCGUGUUGCAUGCUGGGAAAUGUCACACCAACAAUGCAGCUUGCUCGGUAUCUGGCUGCCUGUUAAGUGCUGUAACAUUGCCAUCUUCAUUUUAAAACUCGAAUGCAAAAUGCUGUCAUGUUAUUGGGUGAAAAAUGGAACACAUGCAACUGUUGCUAUUUUAUGCAGAGUGAGACGCAGGGUUUCAGGUUACUAGAUACUGAUACUGUAAUUCUUAUGCACUUGCCAUGAUCACUGUGUUAAUAUUAGACCUUGAAUCUAGAGCUUAGAUUCAUUAUUUACUAUUUUUAUAUCCACUGAUAUAAAAGUUAAUGCAGCCAGAUAUUGUAAACGAAUCUUUGUUUUAUUUUAGCAUAACGGUUAGUUUUUGGCAGUUGGCUGUGAUUUAAGAUCGAGGCUGAGCUUGUCUGAAUGUUUGACACAAAGCCUUGUGGGUGACAUUGGACCAAAAGGAAGCUCGUUUAUGAAUCACGCUCUGUCAUAGUGAACAUUUGUACUUCAUACAGUAACAGUCCAGAUCCUGAAACUUUGCUUUUGACUGACAUGGUGCUCUGUUCAGCAACAGAAGUGGUUUUGUCUUUUGUUAUCAUUUUAAAUCAAAAAGGGAAUUUUUUUGAUGGGUCCAUGAUGCUUUGGAAGUCCAUACCAUACCAUUUGCACACAUGUAUACUGUAUUGGUUUAUUUUGAACAGUGCUGUUGAUUUUGGACUGGAGUUGAUAUCAUCUUGCGGAUGUAAUUUGUUAUUAGUGGCCUUCGUUUAAAUUCACAGAUGCUGUUGAAGAUGAUUUAUUUUGUGACAGUGAUAUAGUGCUUUAACCGAAUCAAACACCCCUCCGUUUAUUUUGAGGCUUUCUCAUUCAGGUAAGAUCUGCUGUAUAUGGGGGUGUGGCAUGAUUCAUCUGUACUUUUUGUUUAAAACUCUGGAUUUGUUUGAUUCUGUUUGAGCCCAAAGCUUGUGAAUCCAUUUUUAAAAUGGUUUCCUUAUACUGUUAUGUUGUGCGUUACUGUAAAUCAAACGGUUAUGACAGACAAUGUGGGAGGAGUUUUAAUGUAGGAAUAAAUCAGAAAUAUUUUUUUGUUUUGAUGUUUCGUUACACAGGAUUGGUUUUCAGUGCUUUGGCUUUGUUGCGUAUAAAGAGAAUAAAGUUGUCAUGCAGCA